CAGGAGCCGUUAAAACUGACAGGGCUCAGGUCAGUUUGUGGGUUUGAGUCCCACCGUAAGCUGCAGGACACUGAGCUGCUGCAGGACACUGAGCUGCUGCAGGACACGUCUCUGCUGCAGGACACGUCUCUGCUGCAGGACACUGAGCUGCUGCAGGACACGUCUCUGCUGCAGGACACUGAGCUGCUGCAGGACACGUCUCUGCUGCAGGACACUGAGCUGCUGCAGGACACGUCUCUGCUGCGGGACACGUCUCUGCUGCGGGACACGUCUCUGCUGCAGGACACUGAGCUGCUGCGGGACACGUCUCUGCUGCAGGACACGUCUCUGCUGCGGGACACGUCUCUGCUGCGGGACACGUCUCUGCUGCAGGACACUGAGCUGCUGCGGGACACGUCUCUGCUGCGGGACACGCCUCUGCUGCGGGACACUGAGCUGCUGCAGGACACUGAGCUGCUGCGGGACACAUCUCUGCUGCAGGACACGUCUCUGCUGCGGGACACGUCUCUGCUGCGGGACACGCCUCUGCUGCAGGACACGCCUCUGCUGCAGGACACGUCUCUGCUGCAGGACACGCCUCUGCUGCAGGACACUGAGCUGCUGCGGGACACUGAGCUGCUGCGGGACACGUCUCUGCUGCGGGACACGUCUCUGCUGCGGGACACGUCUCUGCUGCGGGACACGCCUCUGCUGCAGGACACGCCUCUGCUGCAGGACACGCCUUUGCUGCAGGACACGUCUCUGCUGCAGGACACGUCUCUGCUGCGGGACACGUCUCUGCUGCGGGACACUGAGCUGCUGCGGGACACUGAGCUGCUGCGGGACACUGAGCUGCUGCAGGACACGUCUCUGCUGCAGGACACGUCUCUGCUGCAGGACACGUCUCUGCUGCGGGACACUGAGCUGCUGCAGGACACGUCUCUGCUGCAGGACACGUCUCUGCUGCAGCUCCAACCCUCCAACCCCAAAAGACAUCACAGAAUCCACCAGAGAGAAAUACCCCAAAACAUGGUUUUGGACACCGUGUGUGUGUGUGUGUGUGUGUGUGUGUGUGUGUGUGUGUGUGUGUGUGUUCAGGACACAGAGGGACAACAUUCAUGGACAUAAAACCUGUGAGAGUUUGUUCUGUCGUGCACUAACAGAUCCACAUGUCCUCAGUUAUUCUGAAGGAAACGGGGAAACCCUGUUCACUUCUCCCACAAACAAUUUGAUUUUAUUGAUCCAGAAGUCCAGGAAAUCCAGAUCAGACCAAAAUGAUGAUUU